AUGAUUGUCAUAUUCGGGGCGAACUCCAGGAGACAAAUUGAAACCACCAGUGAACAAGUGCUUGGAAAAAUUUGGGACUUGGGAAGGCAAAUCAAACUGGCCUUCAACCCAAAGAAAACAAAGGCAAUCAUAUUCUCCAAAGGAUCAACACCAAGCUUGUAUAGAAGAAAAUCAGUGAUUAAAAUGAACGGCAAGAGCAUACAAGUAGAAAAUCAACUGAAAUAUCUAGGGAUUACUCUAGAUAAUAGGUUAACGUGUCUUCCCCAUGCUACAUCUAUAAAAGAAAACUGCUCGAAAACAUUUAACAACCUCGCUAGGGUGGCCAAGGUGUCUUGGGGCCUGGGCAAAGAGGCCCUGGAGCUCAUCUAUAAAGGAGCUUUCCUGCCCAGAGUGACUUAUGGAGCUACAGCUUGGUAUCAAGCAGCUAACAAGGCAGUGAUAAGAAGAAAGCUGAAUAGUGCACAAAGAGAGAAAGCCAUCCUUCACCAGUGCAGACAGGGAUUCAAUAUUAAGCUCUUUGAUGGCAUGCUUACGAACAGUGAUUAUGAACAAAAGCCUAAGCCGGAAACACUUCCUGCUCCACACCAAAGAAGGGCUAUCAGGAUUACAAUAGAGGACGAUAAAAACAACAGAUCAAUCCAUAUCUAUACAGACAGCUCUAAGAUUGAGGGCAAAGUUGGUGCGGCCUUCGUUGCUGCUAAAAAUGGAGAUACAAUAAGACAAGAGAUGUAUGGACUUGGUGACAAUUGCUCUGUAUACCAAGCAGAGCUAUACGCAAUUGAAAGGGCCAUAAAUUGGAUAGUAGAUUCAGGACUGAAAGACCCCAUACUGACGUGCACAGAUAGCAGAGCAGCUAUCAGCACACUAUCACAAUACAGGGAUACAAACAUUGUGGCAUUGAACAUUAAAACAAAAAUUAAUAGGUACAAUAUGGAUAUACAAUUCAAAUGGGUAAAAGCCCAUGCUGGCAACCAAGGAAACGAACAAGCAGACUCCCUUGCUAAAUAG